ACUCUAUAUAAAUAUAAGAUACGUUGGAGCGCCAAACUUAAACAUUUCCUGUAAAUCUGUAAGAUCAACUCUAAACUUCUUCUUACCUUCCAUAUUUUUUCACUAAAAGUUUGUGAAAGAGUUUUUAGACAGUGAUCGGUUGUUAAACUGAAAAUGGCCGAGAGCGAGUGUAACGGGGAAAUCAAACUAGCCGGCGUCGAUUUCAUCAGCUCUCUGCCGGACGCGAUCCUCCAGCAAAUCCUCUCUUGUUUUCCGACAAAAAUCGCGAUCAGAACCUCCGUCUUGUCCAAACGAUGGAAGCACGUAUGGCGCGAAACGCCUCGUCUCUCCUUUGAUUGCCACAGAGCGGAUCAUCUUAGCUCGAUAAAGAAAACCCUAAGCAGCUACUCGGCUCUCAAACUCACGAGUUUCGAUGUCAGUAUCGGCGACGAUAUCAGUGAAACCCAGUUCGAUGAGUGGAUCGAGUUCGCCAUGUCCCGCAACGCCGAGAAUCUGUCUCUCGAAUGUAGUAGAGACGAUUACAGAGUCCCAGAUUUCUUCUACCACAAUUCCUCUGUAAAGCAGCUCAGCGUGACUUUGAGAUACUACACCGAUAUGAAUCCCAAAUGCAGCGUCUCUUGGCCAUCGCUAAGGAGCUUGUCACUGACUCGUUGCUGUCUCUCCGAUGGAUCCCUUGCCAGUAUCCUCUCUGGUUGUCCGACGCUAGAAACCCUGAUACUGAAUCUCUGCGAGGAACCCCAUCAUCUUGAUCUGAGCAACUCACCAAACCUCAAAAGAUUGGAGAUAAACAACCAGAAUCGCGAACCAGGGGAGAUUGUAGCGCCACACAUCCAUUAUUUGAGAUUGACAACACGUUAUGGACCGUAUACAUUAGUGGAUGUCUCCUCUUUAACCGAAGCUAACUUCAACAUUAGCAAUUUCUGGCAUAGAAUCCUCAAGGCUGACUUUCUUGGAGACAUAAUUAUGCUUAAGAUUUUAGCAAAGUUGCAAAACAUAGAAAGGCUUACUAUUGGGGCACGCGUUCUUCAGAUUCUAACUCUUGCCGAAAUCCGUGGACUUACUUUUCCACAACUCAAGAUCAAAGCGUUGACUGUCGAAACGACAAUUGUUCGAUCCGUUGUUCCUGGUAUAGUGAGGCUGCUACGAAGCUCACCUGGAUUAAAGAAGAUAACAGUUUGCACAAUGGAGUGCAGAGCCAUACCGGUCACGGAGUUUGACGGAUACUUAGAUGCGCAAGGUUUGAACCCCGAUCAAUGCUGGAUGGGCUUUUUUCCAGCUGUGGAUGUAAAGUCAGAGCAUGUGGCUUUGUUCAUGGAACUUGUACUUUGGAACGCAAAGACAUUAGAGACGGUGGUUUUAAGGUUGGGAGGUUACCUUAGUGAAACAGAGUAUCAAAAGCUCCUUCCGAUGCUAUCUCGCUACAUGAAUGGCAGAAAACACAGUCGAGCUAACGCGGUCUUAAACAGUUUCGCGAUUAUUCCGUGA